AUGCGUUUUGCAAGUAAGCAAGCUGCUCGAAAUCACGUUACUGUAAAGUUGUCAAAACGCUUGACAAAAAUCUCCCUACCGGAGACACUCUGCGACUCCUCUCCUCCUCCUCCUCUUCCCACGAAAGCGCCAGUGAUAUCCUGUCUCUGCCUCACAUUUGGUAAAAAUCUCACCUAUGAAAUUCUUCGCUUGUCCAACAGUAUCUAUCUAUCUAUCUAUCUAUCUAUCUAUCUAUCUAUCUAUCUAUCUAUCUAUCUCGGCUUGUUCAUUAUCUAUCUAUAUUCGUUUUGUCUUAUCUACUUAUCUAUUCAUCUCAUUUUAUUAUCAUCUAUCUGUAUAUCGAACAAUCGAUCGAUCAAUCUGCCGAUUGUUGAGUCAUAUCUAUCUAUCUAUCUAUCUAUCUAUCUAUCUAUCUAUCUAGCAAAGAAUUUUCAUAUUUGUCACUCUCCCUUUCUCUCUCUCCCUCUCUCAAUCUCUGUACAUCUCUAUUAUUGCUCAUCUAAAUUGUUCGGAAAAGACCGCGAACAUAAACAAGCGGCAAAUGAAGUGUUGACAAUAUUAAAUGUCUGGAGGUCAUUAGUCAUUGUCCUUUAG